AUAGUACGUGGGCAAGUCCUUGUGUCGACUGAUAAUUAUAUGAAUUGAGAACCGCAAAGAAUGAGAUCAAAGAUUAGACAAGACCAGAUAUUGUUCAUGUGAUUUCUCUAGUCUUCGAGAUAUUCUCCAAGAAAUUCCAGGAAAACAACAGGGUAAAAAGGAUCAAAUACGGCCGCGGAGGAGGAGGAGGAUUAGGAAAAAUUCUCGAUGCAAAGCCAAAGGGUGUGGCUCUUGGGAUUCUGGGCAAGCCCAUUUGUUCAGAGGGUGAAGUGGGCGCUCAAACUUAAGGGUGUUGAGUAUGAAUACAUUGAAGAAGAUCUAUUCGACAAGAGCUCUUUGCUUUUGAAGUUAAAUCCUCUUCAGAAAUUGGUGCCUGUUCUUGUUCACAAUCGAAAACCAAUUUCAGAAUCCAUACUCAUUCUUGAAUAUAUUGAUGAGGUCUGGAAACAGAACCCCUUGUUACCCCAUGAUCCUUAUGAAAGAGCACAAGCACGUUUCUGGGCUAAAUUUGCUGAAGAGAAGGUUCGAGAGUCUACAUGGGAUGCUUUAUGUUCGAGAGGUGAAGAGCGUGAAAAAGCUGUAAAAUCAUCUAUAGAGGCAUUGGAGAAGUUUGAAGAGGAGCUGAAACUGAAAGGGACAAAGUUUUUUGGAGGGGAAACAAUUGGAUUCGUGGACCUUGUAGCAGGCUUUAUUUCUUACCAACUGCCUGUUUUUGAGGAAGUUGGAUCCAUGAAAAUCCUUGACUCAUCAAAAUUCCCAGCGACAUUCGAUUGGAUCUACAAUUUUCUCAACCAUCCAGUGAUCAAGGAUGAUUUGCCAGCAAAGGAUCUGAUGUUUGAUUACUACGCAAAACGCAGUAAAGAAAUCUCUGAUGAAAAAGAUUCUUGCCGAAAUGCUUAACAGACGCAUCCCUGUUCUGGAGACGUUUUGCAGUGUUUCACUCGAUAAAACUAGGCAGCUUUGUAGAUGUACAAGGUACUUGUGUUGGACCUUUUUGUUUGUCUGUCCAAAAUAAAAGAAUCUGUUGAAAUCUGUAUAGUGAAAGGGCUUAUUAGCUGAGUUUUUUUCAUCUAUGCUUCAAGAAACUGGUUGAACUGAGUUUCCUCGAGAUGUUUUUAACGAAUGCAACUUCGGUAC